UGAACCUUUGAAAUUCACACAAUGGAGAUAAUUUUCAGAACUAUAUCAGAUACUCAUCAUAUUAAUUGCAAAUAAAUGGUUUUGUUUUUGAAACAUGGUUGAGUCCAAGUCGUUGUAAUUGAUUAUUAAAGAAAGGGACGUUACUCUCGUUGCUACAACAAAAAAUGUUUUCGAGUCGAAAUAUCAUUGGAAAAGCGAAUUUAGUAUAGAUCUAAUGAAAGAAUACUGAAUAACCUUGUAAACUGAUAAGAAGAACAGUAUGUCGGAAACAACUGAAGGACAAAUAACAAAGCAGUUACUGAAAACAAGAAGUGGAGAAUUUGACGUAGAAAGUAUUCAUUCGAUUUGUCUUAGAGGUGCAGGUAUAUUGGAUCUUGGUUGUAUUAGUGAGUGUUCAAGCUUGGAGAAAUUGGAUCUGUCCAAAAAUGAUAUUUCUAAACUUCACAAAUUGGCUGGAUUGAAUAAUUUGGCAGUGUUAAACUUAUCAGGCAAUAGAAUUGUGUCCUUAGAAGGGUUACAAGCUUUAGAAAAUCUUACCAAGUUAAACCUAGCAGGAAAUCUGAUCGGAAGAGUUGGAGAAUUAAGAUGUUUGACUGGUUUAAGUAAAUUGACAGAUUUAAGAUUACAGGAUACAGAUAAUGGAUUAAGUAAUCCACUAUGUGGAAAUAAUACUUAUAUCAAAGAAGUUGUAGAUCUCUUUCCAUCAUUAAUAACUCUAGAUGGUGAAAGAGUAUCUGGUAAAGGUAGUGAAUUGUAUUUUAUUUGUCAACAAAUAGAUCAAGCUUUAGUAGCAUGUAGCUCAUCUAAUAAUAGUUUAGUCACUAGAAGUACAAUGCCAGAGAAUUGGGUACCAGACAAUUACUGGAAGCUUGACACAUCAGCAUUUGAUAAUUCAAAUUUACAUGAUGCAGAGCAACAACUUGAAGAUUUGCUGAAAAGUUGCAAAAAAAUGAGUCAAGAAGCUGCACAGAAACUCCAAGAGGCUACACUUACGUUAUGACAGCUGAUUUCAUGACACAAAAUUACAGAGAAACUAUAUAUAAUGAAGACAAUAAGUUAAAAACAUUACUGCAUGGGACAGAGUAAAUGAUUUAUGUAAUCCAGAUUCCACUCCUUGGAAUGAAAGACAAUUUUAGUUUAUUUGUUGACCUUCCAGACAAUUCUCUAAUAAAUACUUUGUGUUCACAUGUAAACGAAUCAGGAUUGUAUUGUCUUGUUACAUGUGCAACGGACACUUCAGUGUAACAUUGUUGUUUCCUUUCACUCAUUAUAAUGCGUUAUAGUGAGUCCCCAAUACAUAUACAUGUACUGAGCUAAGAUGCAAUGAAAAAGCACAACUUUAAUAAAUAGGUGACAAUAUACCAAGGUUGACACAUUAACACAGAGAAUGCACCGUCGAGUUCAUUCAAGAACACAUCAGUACCAGAGCCACAGCUUUGCGACAAGAGUGAAGAAGAAUCUCACAAGCAGCCAUUCAGAGGCAUAUCUCCUCUAUGUGGCGCUGUUGCAUAGCCUGCGGGAUUGCUAGAGGUUACUGACUUUUGAUUUGACCCCUUGUGUUUCACUGUAAUGAUUUUAUGGCCUAAUGGGUUUUCUUGUAUCCGUAAAUAUACAGCACACAAUGUGUGUCUCAGUAUAUUACUGAAGGGCUUCACUAUAAACAUAUAGGUCGACAUAUAUGUAAAUAUUGUAAAAUAAUUUUUGAAAGAUAUAUGUGGAAUAAAUA